ACCCACUUUUUCAUGUUCGGUUGACGGCAAUCGGAAUCUUUUCUCCCUCCAAACUAGCCGAAGAGGGUACUGGUUUGGUGGGGUGGCUUACUGGGACGCUGUGCAAGGUGCGCUUAGGACACUUCAACUGCUUGCCUCAUCCGUUCUUCUCAUUCUUCACUCUCGCUCCUUCGACUGGACACACCACUCAAAACAGAAAGAGGAAUAGAUUGUAUUUUACGACCAGACCAUGGAUAAAACGGAGCUCAUUCAGAAGGCCAAGUUGGCGGAGCAGGCUGAGCGCUACGACGAUAUGGCGAUGUCCAUGAAGGCGGUGACGGAACAGGGCGCCGAGUUGACGAAUGAAGAGAGGAACCUGCUGUCCGUCGCGUACAAAAACGUGGUCGGGGCCCGGAGGUCAGCAUGGAGAGUUAUCUCGAGUAUUGAACAGAAAACGGACAGCCCUGAAAAGAAGCUUCAGAUGGUGAAGGAAUACAGGGAGAAAGUGGAGUCCGAAUUACGUGACAUUUGCAACGACGUGCUGGGGCUCCUGGGCAAAUAUUUGAUUGAAAACUCCUCAAAUGCUGAGAGCAAAGUCUUCUAUUUAAAGAUGAAGGGUGACUACUACAGAUAUCUUGCAGAGGUGGCCUCCGGAGAUGAUAGGAAGGACACAAUAUCCAACUCCCAGAGUGCCUACCAGGAUGCCUUUGACAUUAGCAAGAAGGAGAUGCAGCCCACACACCCUAUCCGUCUGGGUCUGGCUCUCAAUUUCUCCGUCUUCUACUAUGAGAUCCUCAACUCUCCUGAGCAGGCCUGUGCAUUGGCCAAGCAGGCCUUUGAUGAGGCUAUUGCAGAACUUGAUACACUGAAUGAAGACUCCUACAAAGACAGCACACUCAUCAUGCAGCUGCUUAGAGACAACCUCACAUUAUGGACCUCUGACAAUGCAGCAGAUGAGGGUGAUGGAGGAGAAGGAGGAGAGAACUAAGAUCCUGCCUCUUAUCUCCACUGAUAAAAGAAAAGGAUUAAAAAAAAACUUUUUACACAUUUUCAUUCCUUUUUGUUUCACUCAUAAUUAUUCUAGCCAUGUAAACAAACCCAUUAUCAUUACCAAUGAGCUAUAUGUAAGGAAAUUCCAAUCGUCUUGUUUCUCCACCUGGCUUGUGGUUAUGAUGAAUGGAAAAAAAGUUAAGUUGAAGUAACUCCUCCAUUCUUUGGUUUUGUGGUUUUUGUCCUUUGGCAUUUCUGUGCAGUGUCUGCUGUAGAAAAGUAUUAGCCUCACCUAACGUCAAUUGUCCGUUAAUUGUGAGAGAACAACUAGUGUAUGUCCUCUGCGAAACUGGUGAAUUAGAGUUGCAAUGGGAAGCAAAGGCUGGCUCAAGCAGGGCAAGCUUUCUUCAGCCAUGCUGUGUUUCUCUGUAUUAUUGGCAACGUGUUUGCUGAAGAUUUAAUCUCUUGUGGACCGUCUUAAUGUUGGCUUGAACACUCCCCUACUAGUACUGAUGAGAUUAAAGGUGGCUGUUUUAAACACACACACACACACGUAUGUAUGUAGGCUCUUUCAAGCAGGGCUUCUCAUAAGCACCAAAAAACAAACAAACAAACAACAAAAAAAAAACACUCCAUCCUGGUGAAGAAGUUCACUUUGUGUUAUUUUAAAGCAUGUCUCAAGUCAAAAGGUGCCACUUUAUGAUCGCUCAUAAUGGACUAUUAAAAAGCAUGCCUGUUUUUUGAUGUACACUGGUAUGGAAACCAAUAUUGCAUACAUGUGCUCUAUUGUUGGGUUAAUUACUUUCAUUGCAGGGUUGUUCACAUGUUGAGAAUCUUUGAUUUGUCCAGUGAUGUUGAUAGAUAUUUGCACCACUAUUGUGUUUUUGCUAAUCAUUGAUUGUAGUUCCCAAGAGCCUUGUGAGAAUGUUAAAAUUCCCUAUGUAACGGCUAUGUAACCUGAAUUAAAAUUAUCAUUUUAUAAACCAUA